AUGUGGUACCGCUACGGAUUCAGCAGUGCUGCCUCGUCACCCUCACCGUCCUCCCUCCCUCCUCCACCACCGCCACCGUCUCCCAACGACUCGCUGCUGGACAUCAGCCCCAGCAAGACCUCCUUCUCCAUCGCCUCGGGCCGCAACACGUCGUGCGCGUUUCCCUCGUGGCCCAACCGCUCGUCACUCUUCUCCGACUCGGACGAGAGUGCCAGCGCCUUUUUGUCCGACGAGGACCUGUUCGUGGCGUCGACGCCCGACACGGUCCUCAGCGAGGACGACCUCUCGCUGCCCUCCAGCGCGUCGGACCUGACGACAGAGGAGCAGAUCAGCCGGAUCCAGGCGGCGCGCGACGACGACGCCCAGGGCUUCUUCGCACACGUCCAGGCCCACGCGCGGGCCCAGCAAGCGCUCCGCGCCGCCCAGCAGGUGAUGGCGGCGCAGGCGGGCGCCAAACGCAAGAAGCGACGCGUCGUCACGGACAAGAAGCGCCGCACCGGCUCGGCAUCCUCGUCCAAGGCAUCAACCUCCAAGCCCGUGUGA